AUGUCGGAGGACGAGUCGCCAAGGACCGACGCGCACGCCUCUGUGCCGACCGCGCUCCUACCAUGGCAGAAGAAGCCCCGGUUCAGCUGGACGCCAGCCUACGAGACGACUUUUUUCCAGUCGCUCUGCCAGUCUGUUCAGCUGGGCCUUCGCGAGAACAUGAGCUUCAAGCCCGAGGCUUGGAACCGCGCGCUGGCCAUGCUGCGCGAACAAGGCGCGUAUCCGACAAAGCAGCAUUUGAUCAACAAGACGGACAAUGCGCGCAAAAAGUUUCGCCUGUGGCGCGGCCUUAUGGAGAACCCACAGUUUACGUUUGACCCGACCACGCGCAUAAUUAAAGGAAGCGACGACGCAUGGACGAGCCAUCUGGAGAAAGAGCCUCUCGCCCGCGCGCUUCGCGAGCGCCCUUUUGAAAAUGCCGAGUAUCUCGAGAUCCUGUUCCCCGAUGUCGUCGGUUCCGGCGGUCAGCCCAAGCGCGUCACGAAGCCCCGCAGAAAGGGCCCUGACAAUAUCCCGGGCGGCGAGGCACCACCGGGCACGAGCAUCAUGCGCCUUGCAAACGGCCCAGUCGUUGGCAGCAACACAGGGGCGACACCCCAGCGGAACAACUCCAGCGCUAUCGUCCCGACCGUCAACUCUACGCCAGUUCCUGUUCCGACAGGCGCCACUCCCCAGUCGCGCCAGCAGGGCAACGCCAACUCCGCACAGAACAGUGCGAGCGCACAACAAAUACGCCCGACGCUGCAGAGCACACCGAACACAGCUACACAGUCCGCGUCCGCGUCGAACUCGGCGAUCCAGCCGCCACCAGCCCCGACCCAAGCAGGCGGGUUGCGACAGACAGGGGUAGGUGCCAUUGGUCGCGCAGGCAAUGCGGCGGCCUUAACACCCCCGGAUGAACCCAAUGGCAACAGGAACAGUAACAAUGCGGUUGGCCAGGGCCAGAAACGUUUCGCGCCCGGUGGCGACAGCAACACACCGGCGGCAACGACGGCAGCAUCCAAACGGAGGCGCACCGACGGCAGCGGCAACGCCAACAGCGCAGCGGCCCGGAACCGCGCCGAAUCGCAAGCAAAUGCAGCUGCCGCUGCGUCAGCCACGGCCGCCGCCACGGCUGCUGGUCAGACCCCGGCUGGGUCGCGGCUGUCGUCGUUUAGCGAUGCCAUCAUUCCCCUUGGCACCGGCCGGCAGAGCUCCGGCAGCGGCGCCAGUAACAACAGCGCACGUGCAGACGGCAUCACUAACCUUCUGGGCGAUGUUCUGUCCAAGUACGCCGCCGCUGCAACCCUCGCGUCGACCACACGAUGGCCUGAGCAGGCCAUGGAGAUUUUUUUCUUGGAGUUUGCCGAUGAGGAUAUGGAUCUGCAGCUUCGCAUCGCUGAGAAGAUCUUGACCGACACGAGCAAGGCCGUAAUGUUCUGCAAGAUGCCAGCCACGCUACGGAAGCACUGGGUGAAGCGACUGCGCGAGGCCAUCAGCCGCCAGGGCAACUAA